UGUAUUUUCUGGAUCAAUACAUAUAUAUCAACUGUUCUUCAGCUAUUUUAAUUUGCCUUAGUUCUACACUUCCAUUAACCAUAUAUCAAACAUGGCUUGUCAAAUUCAAGUUGAAAUCAUGUCCAAGAAACUCAUAAAACCAUCUUCACCAACUCCUAAACACCUCCAAAAUUACAAAUUAUCUUUCUUUGACCAAAUUGCUGACAAAACACAUAUGCCUUUUGUUCUAUUUUAUCCACAUAACAACUCUUCUUCUACUACUACUGAUUCUAUGGUACAACAACUUGAAGAAUCACUUUCUAGGAUUUUAACUCAUGUUUAUCCAGCUGCUGGUAGAUUUGAUGAAAAUAAUAAUUCAAUCAUUUGUCAAGAUCAAGGUGUGCAACUAAUAAAAGCUAAUGUCGAUCAUCGAAUGGACGAUGAAUUCCUUCAACAAGCACACAACAAUUUGGAUCUCGCCAUGGAAUUUUGGCCACAAGGUAUUAAGGAUGUGGACAAUACAAAUUUGUUCGCGACACCAAUUAUGUUUGUGCAAAUCGCGAUUUUCCAAUGUGGGGGAAUCGCGUUAUCUACUAGCGCUGCACACCCUGCAAUUGACGGGUGGACAAAUUUUACGUUCAUCUACGAGUGGUCCAAAGUGUGUAAAUUGGGAAUUCCAGCUGAAAAGAUUAACUUCAUGAGCUUUGAUAUGGCUAACAUUUUCGAACCAAGAGACAUAACCACGAUUUUUGAACCUUCUGCUAUUUUCGCAGGGAAACGUUCAAAGUUGGUGGCUAAAAAGUUUGUUAUGGAUGAGAUCUCUGUAUCAAAGCUCAGAGACAAAUUAACUAACUGCAAUGCCUUAAGCUUUAAGCCCUCAAGAGUUGAGAUUAUUACAGCGAUUUUAUGGAGGGCUCAACUCCGCGCUUCACAGGCAAUAACAGGGAAAAUUAAGCCUUCUGUAAUGUCAUUUCCCCUGAGUUUACGCAGUAAGCUUAAAUAUCCUGAAGCAGCUAAUCCUUUUGGAAAUUUUAUUAUUGAAGUUCCUAUAGCCUAUGAGCCUAAAGGGACCGAUAUGGAGUUACAUGAUUUUAUUAGAUUGAUAAGAGAAACAGUGCAAAAAACUGUUGACUAUUGUGGUGAAGCUUCAGCAGAUGAUGUAGUUGCCUUGGUGGCUAAUUUAUAUAACAAAAGUUAUGGAGGAACAGAAUGGGGAGCUAGUGAUGAUGUUGAGGAAUUUACAUGUUCAAGUUUGAGUAGAUUUCAUAUGCAAGAAGCAGAUUUUGGAUGGGGGAAUCCAAAUUUAAUGCAUUUUGGAUCAAGACAUCAUCAAAUAUUUUGGUUGUAUUCUACACAAUGUGGUAAUACCAUUGUUGUGCAGAUGGAUCUCAAGGAAAAGUACAUGGACUUCAUUGAACAUGACCAAGAAUUCCUGACUUUUACCAAGUUUUAGAUUUUUCUUGAAGUACCGCCUUCGAGCAACAGUUAUAGGUCAUAGGUUCAAGCUGUUGAAUAAGUUAUCAGGAUUGACUUGCAACAUUAUACCCCCUUGGGGUGCAGGCAUUCUCCAAACUUUGCGUGAACGCAAAAUGCUUUGUGCACUGAACUUCUCACCUUUUUUCUUUAUUUUUGCUUUGUUAAUGCAAGACGAUGUGAAAUUUUGUUCUUAAUAAAAUUGUGUUACUUUCGUCAA